AUGGAAGUGGAAUCUCCAAAUCAUCAAGAAAAAAGUAGGGGCUGGUUCAAGUCUUUGUCUGAGAAGUUAUGGAGUAAAAUGGAUGAUUUUGUAAGGAGGCUAAUAAAACUAGGAAAAGAUGACCCAAAAAAGAUUGUCCAUGCUAUCAAAGUUGGACUCACCAUCACAUUUGUGUCCAUUUUCUACUACUUUGAUCCUCUCUUUGAUGGUUUUGGUGUUUCUGCUAUGUGGGCUGUUUUAACUGUUGUGGUUGUCUUUGAAUAUUCUGUGGGAGCAACACUUGGAAAAGGUUUGAACAGAAUGCUGGCAACAAUGGUAGCCGGAGCUCUUGGUAUUGGUGCUCAUCGUAUAGCAACUCUUUCAGGACAUACAGGAGAGCCCAUACUUAUUUCCGUUUUUAACUUGAUAGUAGCUGCAACGGUAACAUUCGUGAGAUUCUUACCAAAAAUGAAGGCAAGAUAUGAUUAUGGGUUGAUGAUGUUCAUAUUGACCUUCUGCUUGGUAUCGGUUUCCGGUUAUCGGGACGACGAGGUGAUACACAUGGCAAUUAAAAGGCUAACAACGGUGAUUAUAGGCAGCUGUGCUUCUGUGAUUAUGUGCAUUUGUAUUUGGCCUGCAUGGAUUGGAGUUGACCUUCACAAUCAGAUUGCUACCAACCUUGAAAAGCUUGGGAAUUUCUUGGAAGGGUAUGCAGAUGAAUAUUUUAAAGUGUCCGUAGAUGAUCAAGAUGGGAGAUCAAAAGACAAGUCAUUUCUCGAGGGAUAUAAAAGUAUUCUCACUUCCAAAAACAGUGAAGAAACCAUGGCUAAUUUAGCAAGAUGGGAGCCACGUCAUGGUAGAUUUAGAUACCGUCAUCCAUGGAAACAAUACCUCAAAGUUGGAACCUUAGCUCGAGAAUGCGCUUACAAAAUUGAAGCUCUCCAUAGCUACCUCCGGUCUGAGAUACAAACACCUCCAGAAGUUCGCAAUAGAAUAGUGGAACCAUGCACAAUGAUAAGCAAAGAAAGUAGCAAAGCGUUGAAGGAAUUAGCAACCACAAUCAGAAAAAUGACAAGAUCUUCAAUUCCUGAUAUCCAUGUUGCAAACUCUAAAGCUGCAGCUGAAAACCUCAAAUCCAUUCUGAAAUCGGGUUUGUCGAAAGAUGUGGAUCUACUCUUGGUAGUACCAGCUGCUGCAACUGCUUCACUACUACUUGAGAUUGUGACUUGCACUGAGAAAAUUGCUGAGGCUGUUCAUGAGCUUGAAUCCCGUGCAAGGUUCAAGAGGGCCAAGCCAAGAGUCAUACCAGAUCAUCAAGAUGAUUCUUCACAUCAUCAACUUGAUCAGCAAGGAAUCACUAAUGGGUCCCAUGACCAUCAUGAUGAUUAUGUUAUUACCAUUGAUGGAAAUGGGUACUCAUCCAACCAAGUAGUACCGGCUUCUCGGAAUCAUGUUUAGUGGGGUACAUAAUGCUCAUAGUUAUAGGCUUUUUUAUUUUUAUUUUUUUUCUUAAGACAGCUGGGGCACGUGCCUCACGUGUCCAGAAUUUUUUUUAAAUGCUUCAACCACCAACUUAUGCACAUAAAAUAACGACGUUUCUCUCUUUUAUUCCUUUUUGUCUUAAUUGACGUUUUUUUCCUUGUCCCCCCACAUAGGAGAGAGAGAAUGUUGCAUGGAUUAUACAUUUGAGUUUUGUGGGUGGAUCAAGCAUUUUAUUUGUAAUCCCUUCGAGUUAUUAAUAAAAUUAUUCUACACCCUUAUAAUUAGACAGAAGAAAAGUCAAGACCAUCUGGGUUAUUUUUAUUUUCAUUUUAUAUUUUAUUGGUUUGUACCAGCAAC